UCAGCAUUUUGGGCCACAUAACAUAACAAGUGGACCUAUUACAAGGUAGUUAAAUGCCAAAGCAUAUCAUACAAAAAAAAAAACAACUCUAUCAUUUCAAAUCUUAUUCUUCUACCUUAUAUUCUUCCAGGCCACUAGUAUUUUGUUGCUGAAACACUUACACAUUAUCUCCAACAGAACAUACAACAUGGUUCUUGUUGCAAGCAAUGGAGAGAAAAAAGGCACAGAAGACAAUGCUGCGGUCGAUUUUCGAGGUCAUCCGGCUGACAAAACAAAAUCCGGAGGAUGGCUAGCAGCAGGACUAAUCUUAGGUACUGAACUUGCUGAAAGAAUAUGUGUUAUGGGAAUUUCCAUGAACUUAGUGACAUACUUGGUUGGAGAUUUACAUCUCCAUUCAGCUAGUUCUGCUACCAUAGUUACCAACUUUAUGGGAACUCUCAACUUGCUUGGCCUUCUUGGUGGUUUUCUAGCUGAUGCAAAACUUGGCAGAUACUUAACUGUUGCCAUAUCUGCAACCAUAGCUACAGUGGGUGUGUGUAUGUUAACUUUAGCUACAACAAUUCCUAGCAUGACACCUCCACCAUGCAGUGAAGUAAGAAGACAACACCAUCAAUGCAUUCAAGCAAGUGGCAAACAGUUAUCACUUCUCUUUGCAGCACUUUAUACAAUAGCUUUAGGUGGUGGAGGAAUAAAAUCCAAUGUGUCAGGAUUUGGAUCUGAUCAAUUUGACACAAAUGAUCCAAAGGAAGAGAAGAAUAUGAUAUUUUUCUUCAAUAGAUUCUACUUUUUUAUAAGUAUUGGAUCCUUGUUUUCAGUUGUUGUAUUGGUUUAUGUUCAAGACAAUAUAGGAAGAGGUUGGGGAUAUGGAAUUUCAGCAGGGACAAUGUUGGUAGCAGUUGGUAUUUUGCUUUGUGGUACUCCAUUGUAUAGAUUCAAGAAACCUCAAGGAAGUCCUUUAACUAUUAUUUGGAGGGUUUUGUUUUUGGCUUGGAAGAAGAGGACUCUUCCUAUUCCUUCUGAUCCUACCUUACUCAAUGGUUAUCUUGAAGCUAAGGUCACAUAUACAGACAAAUUCAGGUCCCUUGACAAAGCAGCAAUCCUAGAUGAAACAAAGUCAAAAGACGGAAACAACGAAAAUCCAUGGUUAGUUUCAACAAUGACUCAAGUUGAGGAAGUUAAGAUGGUAAUUAAACUCCUUCCCAUUUGGUCAACAUGCAUACUCUUUUGGACAGUUUAUUCACAAAUGAACACCUUCACAAUUGAGCAAGCUACAUUCAUGAACAGAAAAGUUGGAUCACUAGAGAUUCCAGCAGGAUCCUUGUCAGCUUUUCUCUUCAUUACAAUUCUCCUCUUCACUUCCCUAAAUGAAAAAAUAACUGUACCAUUAGCAAGAAAAGUCACUCACAAUGCUCAAGGACUCACAAGUCUUCAAAGAGUUGGAAUUGGACUUAUUUUCUCUAUUGUUGCAAUGGUUGUUUCUGCUAUUGUUGAGAAAGAAAGAAGGGACAAUGCAGUUAAAAAACAAACUGUAAUAAGUGCUUUUUGGCUUGUGCCUCAGUUUUUUCUAGUUGGUGCUGGAGAAGCUUUUGCUUAUGUUGGACAGCUAGAAUUUUUCAUAAGGGAAGCACCUGAGAGGAUGAAAUCUAUGAGUACUGGUCUUUUUCUAUGUACACUUUCAAUGGGAUAUUUUGUUAGUAGUUUAUUGGUUUCAAUUGUGGACAAAGUAAGCAAGAAAAGAUGGUUGAAGAGUAAUCUUGAUAAGGGUAAGUUAGAUUACUUCUAUUGGUUACUAGCAAUUCUUGGAGUGCUGAAUUUUGUACUUUUUCUUGUCUUAUCAAUGAGGCAUCAAUACAAAGUUCAACACAACAAUAUUGAGAGUAAUGACAAUGUAGAGAAAGAGCUUGUGCUUGUGAAUGAAGUCAAAGUUGGAAUUGAUGGGAAGGAAGAAGUAUAGAGAAUCAUUUUGUUUGGCAUUAUAGAUUGUGCAGGAGGUAAAUAUAAUGCCUCAUGUUUGUUGAUUUUGAGUGAUUUGUAGAACAUUAUUUUUUACAAGAUGAUUGUUAUGUACUAUUAAGUGUUGACAAAUAGAUAUUUAGUAUGUGUUUGGUUUGGAA